AUGGUGACAGUGCUUUUGACUAUUGUCCAUUUCACACAAGGACAAUGCCCAUGGAAAGAUUUCCCUGAUUUACAGGCUAGCUGUGUGUGUGCCUUAAAUCUAGCCAGGCAAUUAUCGGUGCAAUGUGAUCAGGUUGAUUUCCCCAUGUUGUUAUCCACAUUGAAUGUAAAUACAAGAAAAACCUCCAUAGACCUUCUAUAUGUAAACAAUUCAACAAUUCCUAUAAUAAGCAAUGAAAUGUUCGCAAACUUAGCAAUACACAAUCUGCAAAUAUCUGGCUGCAAAGUUAAAAAGAUAGAAGACAAUGCAUUUAAAGGCCAAGGACAGUUUUUAAAAAACUUAAAUUUACAAGACAAUGAAUUGACCGAGGUCCCUGUUAAGGCUCUCAGAGUUUUAAGUAGUUUAUCACUUUUAGAUAUAUCCAAAAAUAAAAUAACGUAUAUUGGAGAUUAUUCGUUUACAACUUUGCAAGAAUUGGCAACUUUAAAAUUAUCAGAUAAUAACGUAACGUUAGAGCCACGCGCCCUAUCUGGUUUAGAGAAUUCUCUAAAGAACCUUAAUCUUAAAGGGACUAAACAAAAAAAUGUACCAGAAUGUAUAAGAGGAUUGCGUAGCCUUGCUUUCCUCGACCUUUCACAAAACAGUAUAAGGGAACUUCCAGGGCCUGAUGGCGCACUUACUUUUGAAGGAUUAGAUUCUUUAACAGCCCUCAACUUAGAAAGAAAUUUACUAGUUAAUUUGAAAAAAGACGCAUUCUAUGGAAUAAGAAGUACACUGAGCUCAUUAAGUCUUUUAAAUAAUCUUUUACCAGAAUUUCCUACUGAAGCAAUAGCAACGUUAUCAGAUCUAAGAGUUUUAGAUAUAGGAUUUAAUUUAUUAAAUAAUUUACCUUCAGAAGCCUUCUUAAAGAAUCCUUCAAUAACACUUCUUGCUUUAGACGGAAAUCCAUUACCCACCGUACCAGAAAAAGCAUUAGCUCAUCUUAAUCAUUCGCUUAGAGGUCUGAGUCUUGGUGGGAGAUUUUUAAAUUGCGACUGUCGUCUUCGAUGGAUAAUUGAAUGGAUUCGUAAUGGUGAAUUGCAAGUUACAUCUAGGGAGAGGAAUCCUCAAUUUUGCGGUAGUCCUCCACACUUUCGCGAACGUGGAUUUUACAGUUUUGAACCUAGUGAGCUUGUCUGUGCAAAUGACAUAAACUUAGAGACACAAACGACUGUUAUUGAUAAUUUUAGUACGACACAAAGUACAACAUCGUCAAGUUCGACAACCACGACACAAUCCACGACCUUUACUUCUAUAACAUCAUCAAGUCCUAUGAUCAAUAACAUAAGUGAAACAACAACUCCUAAAUUUACUACGACCUCUUCAACAACGUCUCUUCCAAGCCAAACAAAUCGAAUUCCAUCCGUUCGUCCUGCUGCACCCACUUGGCGACAUGCUCCAAAUCAAAGGCCACCAUUAAUAAUGAACUUUCCUCAACCAAAACCAAGUAUAGAUGACUCAAACGAAGUUAUAGUUAAAAAUGCUUACAGACAAGAUAAUUCAGUAAUUAUUCAGUGGGACUCGGAUGUUGCUAAUAUACUUGGAUUUCGCGUAGUAUAUCGUCUUUUUGGAGAUAAAAGUUUUAAACAAGGGCCACCUCUUGAAGCAAGUGAAAGAGAAUUUAAAAUAAAAAAUGUUCCGUCCCAGGAAUGUAUAGUUGUUUGCGUGAUUUCUUUAGAAGAAAUUCAUGUGAGUCCAGAAACUGUACCAUAUUCACAGUGCCGAGAAGUACGAACAGUAUCUGCAGCUGCUACCAAUAUGGAUAAAAUCACCAUCGCAGCGAGUGCAGCAAUAUGUGGUACUAUCGUGGUCGCAGUGCUCGUGUUUGCAGCAGCAUCUCGUCGUCGAUCACGAACUGUACAUCGAUUGCAUACUCAGUUGCCCGAUAAAAUUUCAAAUCCUUGCUGUGGAGGACUUACAGGGACACCAAGCCCAACCGGACCUUUGUCAUCACUAACUACGCUUGGUGCUUUUGGAAAACAAAGAGAAUGGGAUCAAGUAUCAUCAUACAGCGCGCGAUCAAUACCGCGUGCACGCUCUUAUACUGAACCAGCUGCCCCUGAGCCGUUGCCAGGCCGCCCUGGACGAGCCCGAUCUUUGGCUGACGGUCAGUCACAACAUAGCUACCCACAUUCAAGCCGUUAUGGACCUCCUGGAUAUGCUGGAAGUUUAUUAGGAUCAAGGACUGAUCUGAGACAAUCCCGACAAUCAUUAGGUGCGGCUUCGGAACGAGCGUCACGUUUGUCUCUAAGCGGAGCAGCUGGAGGCGCUACCAGUGGGAAUGCUAGUUCAAGAAGGAGACCGAGAUCUAGGUCAAGGCCUGCCAGUAGAUACAGCGUUGGUUCCCUAGGCUACUGCGAUACUUCUGAUAACUGGACAGAUCACGAUAUGGACAUAUACAUGGCACGUAAUGCUACUACAAGAGGUGGUUUGGUGCCGUUA